CAAUAACAUCACCUACCAUACUCAGUCCCCAAGGGCAAAACUGUCACAAAAACACCCCAACAAGACACUCAUCUUCUUCCUCUUCUUCAUUCUAUCUCUCUCGAUCAAUCUCUCCCUAAUUUCUCCCAAUCUCUCUCCAUGACUACUCUCUCCCCAUCCCCCUGGCCCACCCCCCAACCCGACGGCAUCGAAUCUCCCCCAAUUUCAAACCCUAACCCUAAUUCCACUCCACAGACUCCCCCAAGCGACGUCCUCGACAUUCCAAACCCUAAUUCCACCAAUUCCGACAAUCUCUCUCCCCCGAAUCUCCUCCACGUCACGUUCAAUCAAGAUUACGGCUGUUUCUCCAGCGGCACGGACCGUGGCUUUCGUAUCUACAACUGCGAUCCAUUUCGAGAGCUUUUUCGAAGAGAUUUUGAUACCGGAGGCGGUAUCGGCAUCGUGGAGAUGCUGUUUAGGUGUAACAUACUGGCGCUCGUUGGCGGGGGAGCUGAUCCUCAGUAUCCAAUCAACAAGGUCAUGAUUUGGGACGAUCACCAGAGCCGGUGUAUCGGAGAAUUAACAUUUAGGUCUGAAGUGCGCGGAGUGAGGCUUCGGAGAGAUAGUAUAGUGGUGGUGCUUGAGAAGAAGGUGUUGGUGUAUAAUUUCGCGGAUUUGAAGCUGUUGCAUCAGAUUGAGACGUUUGAGAAUCCGAAGGGGUUGUGUGAGGUCUCGCAGGGGAGUGGUUCGUUUGUGAUGGUUUGUUUCGGGUUGAGGAAAGGGGAGGUGAGAGUUGAGCAUUAUUUGACGAAGAGGACUAAGUUUGUGAUGGCGCAUGAUUCGAGGAUUGCCUGUUUGAAGCUUUCACAGGAUGGGACGUUGCUUGCUACUGCGAGUACGAAGGGGACGUUGGUUAGAAUUUUCAACACUUAUGACGGGACUUUGUUGCAAGAGGUAAGAAGGGGAGUAGAUAGAGCAGAGAUAUAUAGUUUGGCAUUCUCCUCAACGGCACAAUGGUUGGCAGUGUCAAGUGACAAGGGUACUGUACACGUUUUCAGCCUGAAAACCAAUUCAGUUAAUGAAGGGACUGAUAACCUGGACAACAAUAUUAAUCCCAAACUUGCCGUUACUUCGCCUGGCUCGCCUUUAUCUUUCAUCAAAGGAGUAUUGCCCAAGUACUUCAACUCAGAGUGGUCAGUGGCUCAAUUUCGAUUGAUUGAGGGUUCUCAGUACAUUGUUGCAUUUGGUCACCAAAAGAAUACGGUUGUCAUUCUUGGUUUGGAUGGAAGUUUCUACCGCUGCAAGUUUGAUCCAGCAACCAAUGGCGAGAUGACUCAACUGGAAUAUCACAACUUUCUGAAGCCCGAAGAAGCUUUCUGAAGGAUGCAUAUGAUGUUUGUAUUGUGUUAUUGCAAGACUUUAGACAAUCAUAGAUAAAAAUUUUAUCUAUGAAUUUGCUGUAAAUAGGUGUAAAUAGUGCUGUAUAUGUAAGUUAACUGUUGUAAUCAGAAAAAAGAAUUAAAUAAAAAAUAAUUGUGACGAGCAGAUGUAAGAAGAUCAAGUUGUUGCUUCAGUAAGAAGAUUUGUGUUGCA